ACGAGAAGAGAGGAUGAUGUUGGUAUCACAUGUGAUUCUCGAUCUAGGCACGAAGAUGGGCAAUGGGCAAUUCCCGUCUUCAGCUGGGAAUAAUGACGGAAUAUAACCCCGCUCCCGACCUCGCCCCGCACCUCUGGCCUGAUCUGCCUCUGAACACCACCACCAUUAUUGCUCCCCCAGGAAUAAACCCAUUAACAACAGACCUCUUCCGUUCCAUUCCUCCCCCCUCUCUCCCUCCUACAACCACAAUGGCCUCCCCAACAACCCCGCCCUCCCACCGCCCAAUCCUCGACUUCUUCUCCCACGCCCUCACCUCCUUCCACGCCUCCACCACCUCCUUCGAGGUGAUAAGCACCUUCUCGCCGCCCGCCCGCUCUGGCCCGCAGCAGCUCCUCCAGAACCGCAUCACCGCCCCGGGGCCCUCGCCGCCGGCACCACCCGCGCCGACCGACGCCACCGCCCUGAUCGUCCUCGACUCGUCCUUCAACCCGCCCACGCGCGCGCACCUGCGCAUGGCCGUCUCGGCGGCUCGCGAGCACCGCCAGAAACAGAAGGUGCCGCCACGGGUGCUGCUCGUCCUGGGCGUCAGCAACGCCGACAAGGAGGCGCGCCCCGCGGCGCUGGAGCAGCGCCUCGGGAUGAUGUGGGCAUUUGCGCGGGACCUGCGGCGGGGGCUGGACGAGGACGAUGGGGGCGGGGCGGAGGGCGUGAGCGUCGACAUCUGCCUGUCCCGGCAGCCGUAUUUCCACGACAAGAGCGAGGCGAUUGCGCGGUCCGGGUUCUACGGUGGCGGCGGAGACGCUGGCGGGCCGGAGCAGGUCGUGCUGGUGGGAUACGACACGCUCGUGCGCAUCUUCGACCCCAAGUACUACGGUUCCGUGUCGGCGGCGGCGAGCGCGGGACCCGGGGAGGAGACGCCCCUGCGGAGGGCGCUGGACCCGUUCUUUGGCCGGGCGGUGCUGCGUGUCACGGCGCGGGCUGACGCUGAGUGGGGUGGUAGGGACGAGCAGGCGGCGUAUCUGGAGGACCUGCUUAAGGGGGACGGGCUCGAGAGGAUAGGCGGAAGCAAGGAAUGGGCGAAGAGUAUCGAGAUAGCGGAGGGUCGGAAGGAGGGGGAGGCAAUUGUCAGUAGCACGCUGGCCCGGGAUGCUGCAAAGAUUCGGGACGGGGCUCGGCUGGAGGAGCUGGUCACUCAUGGGGUGAAGAGGUGGAUUGAUGGCGAGAAGCUCUACACUGGAGAUACAUAGGGAGUCGUAUGCCUUAGGGACUAUGGCUAGACGGGUACCACGUUGUGUUGGUGUGCCUAUUGAUCGGAAUCUUGCCGGGCAGGAAAGUCCCCAACAAGUGCCCAUUGAUCAAUUCCUCGAGCUCGUCCAGGGCACAUCGUGGCCAUCCUGGGCAUUCUAUGUAAAUUGAACCUUCCCGAUAUAAGUACCUCUAGGUUUACCGGUAGAUAGGCAGCGCAAACUGUGAUCAAUUCCCAGGCGUCGCCUUCUCAG